GCCAUCACCAGAUUGCCUUCCCGCCUGGAAAGUGGAAAACCCCAUCACCAUUUGUUUGAGGACUCCUGCACUGAGGAUUAAUGCUAGAAGCCGGAAGCGAGAAGCAGGAAGUUUUGCCGGAGACAUCUGGGGCGCCGCAACUGUUUUCAUCGCUUCGAGUCGACUCGUAUGAGAGGAGGAAAUCGAUGUCACGACGACGGAAAUGCUUCCCUCUCCCCAUGAACAUCUCAGCUUGGGCCCAGUCUCAAGCUGCUCUGACCGACUUUCCACUUCCCAAAGCUUCUCUGGCCAAGAAGGUGGGAGCCGAGUUCGUGGGGACCUUUAUCUUGAUAUUUGCGGCCGCAGGAGGACCCGUCAUGAACCAAAAGUAUAAUGGAGCAGAGACGCUGAUUGGAAAUGCAGCUUGCUCGGGGCUAGCCGUGAUGAUCGUGGUGCUGUCGAUUGGACACAUCUCAGGGGCUCACCUUAACCCGGCUGUGACUCUAGCAUUUGCUACGUUUCGUCACUUCCCUUGGCUCCACGUUCCACCUUACCUCAUCGCACAGAUAUUAGCCUCCAUCUGCGCCUCCUUCACUCUCAAGGCCGCCUUCCACCCUUUCAUCUCCGCCGCGGUCACCGCCCCUUCUAUAACCCAAACACAUGCCUUUCUUCUUGAGUUCAUUAUUACCUUUACUCUCAUGUUCGUCAUAACUUCUGUAGCUACCGACACUCGAGCGGUGGGAGAAUUGGCAGGAAUUGCAAUAGGAGGAGCAGUGUUGCUUAACAUUCUAGUUGCCGGGCCAUCAACUGGUGCUUCAAUGAAUCCGGUUCGGACGCUUGGCCCGGCCAUUGCAGCCCAAAACUACCGGUCAAUUUGGAUUUAUUUUGUGGCCCCGGUACUGGGGGCCCUUGUAGGAGCAGGUGUGUACGGCGCUAUUAAGCUCAGCGAGGACGAAGCCGACCCUAAUCGCCUGACUAUAAGUCUCCCGCACUAGGAGUCUAGGACCAAGAAGUGGGUGGCCACUGGCCCACUGGUAGGACAACAAGGUUAACCGGAAAGGCCGAAAGAAUAUAUUCUUUGUUAUUUAUUGUAAGAAUGCAGUUACAAGGAGAAGGUUAAAGUUAAUUAGCUCUAGGAGUUCUGUUUAAUGCUUUCUCUUUUCCUUUUUGCUCAUUUUCCUUUCGUAGAGACUUAGAGAGGCAGGAAGAAAAACAGUGUGUAAUAGUAACAUAUAUAGCGUGUUUUGUAACACUUCGACAUGUUUUGGGUAUAUGAUAGUGAUUAAGUGCUGCAAAGGUGCAAAA